AUGACUGUCAUGCCACAUCGUCCUGGCUUCGUCUGUGACUGGGGUGCUCCUGGCACACAAGUCAAAGGAUUUACAACGCUGCGGUUCCUGAUCGAGCCUUCAGAUGCCGUCACCAUGCGAGGAGGUAACAUUUUGCUGAACUGCACCGCGGACUCGGAUCAAGGGCUUCCGGUCAUCAAAUGGAAGAAGGACGGUGUCUUUUUGAACUUGGCGGUGGAUGAGAGAAGGCAGCAGUUUUCUAAUGGAUCUCUUUUGAUACAAAAUAUAGUCCACUCCAGACAUCAUAAACCCGACGAGGGCCUUUAUCAGUGCGAGGCCUCCCUAGAAGGAAUCGGAGCCAUCGUCAGUCGGACAGCCAAAGUCUCAGUUGCAGGCCCUUUGAGGUUUCUAUCGCAGACGGACUCCGUCACAGCUUUCGCGGGAGAUACCGUUUUGUUAAAGUGUGAAGUUGUCGGAGAGCCUAUGCCCACGGUCCACUGGCAGAGGAACCAAGAGGACCUGAUUUUGACUCCCGCUGACACCCGGGUGGCAAUCCUGCCUUCUGGAUCAUUACAAAUUAGUAGAAUUCAUGCCGGGGACAGUGGGAUCUAUCGAUGCCUUGCAAAGAAUCCAGCCAGUUUCAGAACUGGAAAUGAAGCAGAAGUCAGAGUUUUGGCAGCAUGCUCUGCAGACAGUUGA